AAGGCCUAAUAAUAUAUAGAUCUCCGUAGCUGAUAUCUUGGUACACCAUAAGCCCCUGAAAACAUAGGUACCAGAGAGAAAAGGCCAUUCUUAUCCCGAACUUAAAAUAUCAACCAACCAACUUGCCAGACGUUAACAGCGGAGGUCAGACGGUUCGCGGGCGAUGAAGUUUACGGGGGAAGGAUUUUGAUCCCUCUCGGACCUAAUUUUCUUAAAUUUGUGAUGGAAUAGGUGUAUCAAUUUGGUGUAUGGUAGGCCUAGAGAAACUAUUUAGUAUUGGCACUGCUUUCGGCCCACUAUAUCAAUCAAACCAGGGUCGAAAGCAAUGUUAGAAUCCUAUUCUGAGUUUCUGCUGAGGACUUCUUCAUCACGUGAAUGUUGGUUGCUGUCAUAAGUUUGAAGUCUUCACUCGUCACUCACAAUGACUCCCACGAUGCUGGUUUCCCGCCUCAUUCCCCACAAGACCCCGUUGCUGAAACGCAUAUUCCAUACAAUGCCUAAGCAGUUUAGAGCCGUUUCUACGGUGCGUCAAGUAGAGCCCCAUCCCAACAAUAGGGAAUCGAUACGUCCUUCCCAUAUAACGACCAAAGGUACACUGCCAAAACAGUCUGGAUCCUUCUCUCGUCCCUUGGGUGCCCUCGAGAAAAUGACCGAAAGUAUUAGCGAGGUUAGGGGUUCGACUAACCGCGAACACACCGCAUUCUUUACGAUCGUCCAAGUUCGUUUCCCGCCAACCUUGACGAACAUGGAGGAAUAUAUCGCGAGUGCUUGGGAGGAAGUCGGACGGCAGUUUCCAGUUUUACGCGCUGAAGCCUCUCCCCCCAACAAGUCCGACAGUCAUAAACAGCCAAUGAUUACCCUAAAAUCAUGGAACGAGUCUAACUUUCGCACCUCGUUUUCGGCGCACCCAGACUGCCCUAACGUCGACGUACUAUUCUCCGCCCCGUCCCCAAGAAGGAGUACCGCUACAUGUCACUGGCUCCCAGACCCAGGACAGAUAGUUAUACGAACUUCGCAUUGGCGUACUGACGGUUUCGGGCUAGUCCUACUAGCCGAGGCCUUCUUAUCCACGCUGGCAAAUAAACUGCAAACUGGGCUUGAUGUUCAUCUGGACAACGAUUUGACCGAACCGCCACUAACUGUCCCCUCGACUCUUGAAGAUCUGGUCCAAAUGUAUGUACGAGGCCCGCAGGGUGAGGCAUCGGACGCUGAUGAGCUGGCGAAGAUCUUUGUAGAUGGUGGACGAAGUAUUGGUUUCCCUACCCGACCAGGUGCCGACACAGCAGCGCCUAGCGUAUGUGGACGCGCAGCUCUGCGUAUUGAUGCAGAGAACACGGCAAACCUUGUCAACGCCUGUCGUGCACAAGGAGUUUCCGUCACCAGCGCUCUAAAUGCGGCCGUCAUUCGCACCACAGCACGGUUCCCCCAAGAUCCAGGAGCGGACUCAUACGUUUUCUUCGCACCGGUCGAUCUCCGGGGAGCGCUGAUAGCAGCUGGGGCUCAAGGGUGCUCGCAGCCAGCCGGUAAUUAUGUCUCGGGAAUGCCGCUACGUAUCGACGGAGUAGCUAAACAAUUAGAGAAUGGUGACAGCAUGCCGAGCAAAAGUUUCGGUGAACUGGCACAUGAAUUGAGAGCUAUCUACUCUCAGGACAUCACACGUUAUAAAAGGCCUGGCGAAGCAGGCGCAAAAACACUAAGUCUUUUGCAGCUGACCGAGCCGUACAUCGAAAAGAUGACGGAGCUUUUCUCCAUGUUUCCCUCGCCGGGAUGCCCAUUCCCCAGAACACCGGUGAUCAGCAGCUUUGGAAAGAUGGACGCAUUGAUAAAGAAGGAAUAUUGUGGCAGUAGUGACGGUGCGACCGAUGCACCAAAACUGUACGUCACGGAUUUCUGGGUUAGCUGCGACUGCGCAACGCCGAUGAUAAUAUUCAAUCCAUACAGCUGGUGUGGAGAGUUCACACUCUUAGCGGCCUGGGACGAUAGCUACUAUAGUAGAGAGUUCGUCAUUGACAUACUCAAGAAGACUAUAGCAGAGCUAAGCGAAGGGUUGGAGAUGGGCCAGCUGCCCUAUCGAAUAACGACUGGUUAGUUGGCACUCCUCAGAGAACCUACAUUCCAUACCCUCUAUAUACAAACCCAGCCUCACUCCAUCGGGAAAAUCGUAUGAGAUGACUGACUCUGUAACAGGCUGUUACGACGAUUCAAAGGACAAGUGAAGAAUCGUGCGAUUAGACAACUAUUUCAAAUCGCCAGCUCAUCGUCGAUCCAACCAAGAUUGUAACAAAAGCGAUAUGUAAAAAGGUGGCUGUAAGAUAGUUCCUAAUGGUGGAGAUGAGACGGGAGGUACACAAUCCAGAUAGGGAUGGGAAUGGCAUUGUUCGAUUUCUUUUUCCGAUUUUUGUUACUGCCUCUAAAUAUGAGUAUUAUUGUGAGAGCGAAAGGUAGUUGAGUAUUUUCUGUGAGUGCUUGUGCUUGUAGG